AUGGCGCAUAUAAGGCGAACGGAGCACUACCACUUCUACGAAUGUAGUCAUCCCUUCAUCAGCACAGAUCUCUACGAAUCCGACGAAGUCUUCUCAGUUUGUCCCACGAAGUUCUCAACCUCCAUUGGUCUUCGUCCACACAUAUCGAGCGCAGCCUCUUCCACUCGGGUUCAUUCCGGCUGGAUUCCACAGAUCCUUUCCAUUUGGACAGCAAAGAGUAUGAUCGACUACCUGAUGAACAAGCACUAA